AUGGACACAACCAGAAUUUUUGUCAAGGGCCUUCCGCCUACUAUUACAGAGGCGGAGUUUCGGAAGCACUUUUCGGCCAAGAACCGCGAGAUCACCGAUCUCAAGCUCAUCCCUCAGCGGCGCAUCGGCUAUGUGGGCUACAAAACACCCGAGGAUGCCUCAGGGGCCGUCAAGUACUUCAACAGGUCGUACAUUCGCAUGUCUAAGAUCUCCGUUGAACCAGCAAAGCCGAUCUCAGACCCAGCCCUGAACAAGAACCCACGAUCAGUCCAUUCCGAUCAUCAGGUGGCGAGCCACCCACCCCUCAAGCAGGAUGAGGAGGGUGGCUCUAAGAAACGCAAGCGAGAGGACCUGGAUGAGUCCGACCCUAAGCUGCGAGAGUUUCUCCGCGUGAUGAAGACGGGUAAGGAGGGUGUCAUUGCUGAUGAAACAAAUCCUGAUGCCGAUAUGACUGGACUUGCCACGAGUGGAGAGCCCCUUGUUGUGGAGGGCGAGAGUGACGAUGAAUACGAGCAAAUCCCGAAGAGAAAAGAAAAGUCGCGCAAGACAGAGUCAUCUGAGGCGACUCGAGAUCUGGUGAUGAAUCAAAAACUACCAAGGGAGACGUCGGAUCAUGGCGCUCUGCCUACGGCGAAAGAGGUUGUCGCCGACGAUGUGAAACCUCAAGAGGCCGAGAAGCUUCCUCAACCGGAAACUGGAGCGGCGACAGAUGACGACUGGCUUAGAUCACGCACAAGUAGACUGCUAGAUCUUGUUGAUCCAGACGACCUCCCACAGCCCACAGAAACAGCAGUUGAGGCUGAAACUGUCGUGCAAGACAGCGGGGAUAAGGAUGACGCCCCGCCUUCUCCUCGCGAUGCUGUUGAUGAUGAUACCCCCGAGGAAGCAGAAGACAAGGGAGCAGAGGGCGCCGGUGCGAAUGAUGCGGUUGCCACCAUCAUGCGGACGUCUCGGCUCUUUGUCCGGAAUCUCCCUUAUACCGCCACAGAAGAAGAUCUCCAUCAAGAGUUUGGGAAAUUUGGCACUCUAGAGGAGGUACAUCUCCCGACCAAUGCUUCGGGAGUUCGCAAGGGGUUUGCGAUGGUGUUGUUUGAAGAUUCAUCCAAUGCCGUGAGUGCAUUCCAAGCUCUUGAUGGGGUAACUUUCCAGGGGCGCAUUCUGCACAUCAUUCCUGCCGAAGCCAAGAAGAGUAUGGACGAGUUUGGAAUGUCAAAGUUACCCCUGAAGAAGCAAAACAUGAUACGCAAAAAAACUGAAGCUGCGACGAGCGUUUUCAACUGGAAUUCGUUGUACAUGAGCCAGGACGCUGUCAACGCCUCCGUUGCUGCACGCCUGGGCGUCUCCAAGUCCGAAGUUCUCGAUCCCACAUCUGCCGAUGCGGGCGUCAAGCAAGCCAUCGCAGAAACGACAGUCAUCCAGGAAACCAAGGCUUUUUUUGCUUCCAAUGGCGUGGAUCUGGAUGCCUUUAAAUCGCACAAGCGAGGGGGCUCCUCUAUUCUUGUCAAGAACUUUCCCUACGGCACUUCGAUGGAAGAACUCCGGAAAAUGUUUGAAGAGUGUGGUCCAGUUCUCAGAGUUCUGAUGCCACCCACCGGCACCAUUGCCAUCAUCCAAUUCGCCCAACUGAAUCACGCAAAGGCCGCAUUUGGCAAGAUGGCGUACCGUCGAGUCAAAGACAGCGUCCUUUUCUUGGAAAAGGCCCCGGUCGAUCUCUUCAAAAAGGACGCGGCGCACGACCAGGCUAGCUUGGUUGUGGAUCAGCGCACUGGGGUCCAAAAAUUAAGCGUCGACGAACUGCUGUCAAGCGGCGAUAAGGUCGAGGAGCCUGCGGAAACCGCAUCACUCUUUGUCCGCAAUUUAAACUUUGCCACGACGACAAGCAAGUUGGCUGAAGCCUUUGAGCCUCUUGACGGUUUCGUCUCGGCUCGUGUCAAGACAAAAAUAGAUGCCAAAAAGCCAGGCCAGACGCUCAGCAUGGGCUUUGGCUUUGUAGAGUUUCGAUCCAAGAGCCAAGCACAGGCGGCGCUCAAGACGAUGGAUGGCUACGUCUUGGAUGGCCACGCGCUGGGCGUCAAAGCCUCGCACAGGGGCCACGAUGCUGCCGAGGAGAGACGGCGCGAGGACGCGGCUAAGAAGGCUGCAUCCCAGAGAACCAAGAUCGUCAUCAAGAAUUUGCCUUUCCAAGCCACCAAGAAAGACAUCCGCACGCUGUUUGGGACUUAUGGGCAACUCAGAUCGGUCCGCGUUCCAAAGAAGGCAGACUAUACCGCAAGAGGUUUUGCAUUUGCUGACUUUGUGACCCCUCGAGAGGCCGAGAAUGCGCUAAACGCAUUGAAAGAUACCCACCUGCUCGGCCGGCGACUAGUAUUAGACUUUGCUGCCGCCGAGGCUGUCGAUGCUGAGGAAGAGAUCGAGAAGAUGCAACGAAAGGUAGGGGGCCAGGCCAAUAAAAUGGCCCUUCAGCAGCUUACUGGAGGAGGGAGGAAAAAGGUUACUAUUGGCAAUGACGAGGAUGAGCUUGAGGCUUGA